AUGGGCUUUCAGAUUGGAGAAGUGGAUCGGAUAAGGAGUGAUAAGGACACGACUCAUCUUGCUUGUCACUUAAAUUUGCGAUAUGCAGAUCGCACGAGGUAUUUUUUUACCGCUAAGAGGAAUACACGAGCACAAGAGAGAAAGCAAGCGGCAACGACUGCGAUGAUGUCGUGCAAGCAAAUCCUAGCAUUUGACGUAGCACAUAGGAAAAUGAAUGUGAAAGGGAGAGGUGAAUUCAAGCAUGAGAAAUCAAUACCAGAUCCGUUCGAAGCUCAAGAAGCUGUGACGUUGAUAGCAGCAACUGGCACACGUCGUUUCCAAUUACAAUAG